UCUAAACUCAUGCUUCGGAUAAACCACGCAGAUCAGCCCACAGCCACACUGAUCGUACGUCACUAACCAAACACACUAUUAGUUGUUCUAUUUGAAAACGACACCAAGUUUAGACCUUGAGGCCGUGAGGUAUUCAUUUACAACACAUGGAGUCUAACACCGUGGUCGAUCCGGCUUCUGACCUUACUCGAUAUUUAUACAACAGACUCUUCGAGCCAAAAAACUACAACCAUGGAACCCAACCAGAGAACCGACGGCCCACCACCACCCUACGAAGAAAUAGGCAAUAAACGCCAGGACGAUAUCCUCAAUCCAGCUGUCCUGACCCUAGCAAACCAAUCCAUCCACGCUGAAACCACGCCUUCAACACCACUUUACCGAAUAAGCCAAGAUAUCACCUCUACACAUCAAAAGUUCUCAUCUCUAAAAUUCGAACGGAUAGAAACGGCUCUAUCAUUACAGCCUGACAGCAAAUCUUCCCCAGAGGCCCAACAUCUAUUCUUUCUUGCGCACCCAGCACACGCACAAUACCGAACGGACAUUCCUGCAUAUUAUAUCACAUCUGUAUCCUCAAAGACAUUGGGCAAUAUCCGCUUCGAGAUGACUAAAUCUCGACUCCAGAAAAUAGAGUUCAGGGCACUUUUAAGCGCUAAGAAAACUGCGUGUGAUAAGCCGUUGUUUGAUGAGGGAAUUGAGGAACCUCUUUUCAGCGCCAAGCCGAAAUGGUCAGGCAGUCGAUAUAGAUGGCUUGUUGCCGGUGGCAAUGAGGUAGCGUUUGAGGAUGGAAAGGGUGAGCGACAGAAACUGGUCGUUACGGUGCCCCUGCAACGGGACAAGAGGGACGCCUUGGUUGCAUUGUGGAUUUUGAGGCUGUGGCAUGAUACAGCUGAGAGCAGGCUGGCUAGACGAGAGGGUAUGUUGAGUGAUUAGAUCCUAUUAGACUGGGCUCCAUGAUAUCGUUUUGUUCGGUUAACCUUUCUACAGCUCUUGAAGCCUUGACGCCGCAUACAGCGUAUGCGGGUAUGGAUCUCAAGUUCGCCAAAAGAGCCGGGGCCCUGGGAGCUCUUGGAGGAGGUGGUGCUUAAUUGGUUACAUUG